CGGAGAUGAUAGCGAAACAGCUGCAAUCCGUGUUUAAUUAACCUCGCGCUCAGGUGGUGAAGAAUGGAGGAGUUUCCGUUAAGGACGUUAGAGGUGGUGUGUCUUGGCUCCAGUAUCGCGCUGUCAGGAAUCUUUUUGUACAUCUACAAGAAAAAACGGAAAACGGUGGAUAAACUCAACGAAGCCCCUCAGCUGCCGUUAAACGAGAAACUUGCAGACAUUUUGAACACUACACCUGGGAAGUGUCUUCAGUAUGUUGUCAUUGAAGGGGUUGUGCAGCCUGCCGGGGAACCACUCAGGAGUCAGUUUCAGGAGGGCAGCGUUGGCGUCAUUCAGAGGCUGGUCCUCCGAGAGCAUAAACUGGUUUGGAAUGCUCUUGCCCGAACCUGGACAGACAGCGAGAGGGUUCUACAUCAGCGGGUUAACUCUGUACCCUUCAGUCUGGUGGGGGCGGACCGAGCCGCGGUCCGUGUUCUGUGUCCACUGGAGGCCACGGGUCCAGAGAUGGAGAUCAUCCAUGAGAAGUUCCACCAGGCCAGCUUUGGCUUCACCGACAUCAUAGGCCAGUACCUGAGCGGCGAGAAGCCCAAAGGCCAACUGGAAACUGAGGAGAUGCUCAAGGUGGGCGCCACGGUAACGGCCGUGGGCGAGCUCAUCCUGGAUACGGACCGCGCGCUCAAGCUGCGGCCGCCCACCGACGGCUCCGAGUACUUCCUGUGCACCUCCGACCUGGAGACCCUGAAACUGGAGCAGGAGGGGCAGGCCAUGGUGUGGCAGGUGCUGGCGGGAGUGUUUGCGCUAGCGGGCGUGGCCGUGCUGCUGUGGGCGGGGCGUCGGUAUUACCGCGGCCUGCAGGAGAAGUGGAACAGAGAGAGGGUGAGGAGGGAGUUUGAGCGGCUUGGUUCGGCCGUGGCGUCGGAAGACGGGGAGGAUUUGGAGAACGUGUGUGUGAUCUGUUUGACUAACCCCAGAGGGUGUGUGCUGUUGGACUGUGGACAUGUCUGCUGCUGUUUCAGCUGUUACCAGGCUCUACCACAACCAACAUGCCCCAUAUGCAGACAGGCAAUAAAGAGAGUCGUUCCUCUGUACCAGGCCUGAGAGCAGGGCACACACACACGCACACACACACGGAUAUACCCACAGAGAGAUAAAUAAAAAUGUACAGGGGUGAUACCUUAAUAACAAUUAAAAAGCAAGGACAGAAAUGACCUUAAAAACAAAAACACACAUUCUCACACACA